AUGAAUUUAUGCCAUGACAUACCAAUAGCUGCUUUUAAAAAAAGAAGUAAAAUGGGGGGUAUAAAUACUAUUGUUCAAGUCGAUGAAUCCUUAAUGCGUGGUAAAAGAAAGUACAACAGAGGACGAUUAUUGGGGGCUGAUAUUACUACUGAAAAUGUUGAUGUAGACGAGUUGAGCGACGAAGAGGAACCUGAUUUUAAUAAUAGAAAUUAUGGUAAAAAACUAACUGGUCCAUGGGUGUUUGGUAUGUGUCAAAAAGAUGAAAAUGGUGUUAUUGAUGCAAGAUACUUUAUUGUAGAGAAAAGAGACAGACAAACAUUACACCAAAUAAUUCAAAAUUAA